GCUAAAGGGGGCUAUGAGGACGACUCGGAAGGAGCUCCAGCGGGUAGACCAUCAACUGGCAUGUGUGCGUCCGUUCAAAGAGAGCAUGCUAAGAUCGCACAGGCACGAGUACCGAAAGUGGGGUAGUGCUGCCUUGUCUUGUUGGUCAGACCAGACUGUUCACGAACCCCGUCGUUUUAUAUUCGGUUGGCAUCCGCGCGCAGUAAGUACUGAUAUUUUCGAGUGACGGUCUGGGUAAUCCAUUAGUAGGGUGAUACUUUAAGAGCAAAGAAAUGUCUUCCGCGGAUACUUCCAACAGUGAAACACGGACGCAGGUCUCCCAGCCAGCUACAGCGCCAGACAUGUCCCACCCUUUGGGGUGCAUAUCCAAGAGGUGCGGGCAUGUCUGCUACAAGCCUCCAGCGAAUGAUCCAGAGAUAAAUUUUCACGUCGCUCUGCACAGUCUCGCAGAGACUCUCACCUCGGAUCAUUUGCACUACGUGAUCUGGAUCAACGACGAACGCACUUUCCUUCAAACACUACAGCCCUCAGAGCCAAUCCUCGCAUUUGCAGCGGGCCACAACCUCCUAAGAUACCCCCGAGUGCGACUUGCCGCUAUCGCAGCCCUGCAUGAAAACGUGUCCAAGGGAUUUGAUGACCUUAUGCAUAAUCCUGAAAUAUAAAUUGAGAAAUACCCUAAAUUAAGAUAAGCG